GCUCCACCAAUUACUCUCGCGUCAAAGAAAAAAGAGGAGAGAGGCACGCAUCUCCGUCUCCGCCUCUCCCUCCCCUCUUCUUCCGCGUGCGUGCGUGCGUCCUCCCUCCCGAUCUGCGGCAGCGGCGACCCAUGAUCUGACCGCAUUGCCGCCGCGGAAUCCGAUGGAGGCGCUCAACGAGCUCUGCGACCUGGUGGCCGCGAACCCGGAUCUCCUCCUCGCCGACAAGCUCACCUGGCUCUCCUCCCGCUGCGCGCCGGCCUCGUCGUCCUCACCGCAGCGCGCCUCGCGGGCGCACCUCCACUCUCUCCUCGCCCUCGCGCGCCUCCUCCCCGCGGGCGCCGCCGGCGGGUCGCCCCCGCCCCCGCUCCUCGCCUUCCUCUCCUCCCACGCCUUCCUAUCGCCGGCCUUCUGGCCGCAGUCCUUCGCGCCGGCACCCUUCCUGUCGAAGCUCCUCCCCCUUCUAGCUUCUGCGCCCGCCUCCCCCGCCCUCUCGUCCGCCCUCUCCUCCGCGAUCCUCGCCGCACUCGACGUCGCCGACCCUGCCUCCGCACCGCUCGCCCGUGCGUUCCUCUCCGCCGUGGCCGCCAACCCCCCGCAGCUCCUCCCCGCCGAUUCUGCGCCCGUCGGUGAGCGGCUGCUCCUCGAGUUCCCCGCCUCGGAGGAGGCACCGCCCAGGGCGAAGGGGAAGGGAGAGGACGCGGCGGGAGAGGAGAAUGGAGGGAUCAAGGAAGUGGUGCAGAGGUUCGAGGAGGAGGGGGUGGAGGUGCUGGAGCGGAAGGAGGUCGCGUUCAGGCUCCUCGUUCAUAUGAUGGGGGGAGAGGGAGGGCUGGAGGCCGACAAGGUUGUUAAGGUCAGGAAUGCCGCCGCCCGGCAGGUCCGUUCCCUCACGGAUUUUCUCAAGAUUAGGAAGCGGGACUGGAGGGAGCAAGGUCCACAGCUGAAGGCAAGGAUAAACACCAAAUUAUUGUGUUGCCAAGCUGCAGUGGUGGUUCUAGUCCGGAGCGUUUCGGCUAUGGAAACUGAUAGCAAGUCUUCCAAGGAUAUGCUUCAGCAGACUCUUGCUUGGUUUAUCGAAGCUACCAAGUCAUGCAUCCUCUCAUCCUGGCGGAAACUGAAGGUUUGCGAGGAGCUAUUUUGCACGCUGCUUAAUGGGAUCAGCCAGAUAACAGUCUCACGUGGGGGCCAGCUCCUGCCGGUGCUGCUGAUACCCUUGAAACCGCUUGUUGUGAGCACAUGUUCGCAGGCUGAUAUGACGGGCUGUAGCCCUGGUGCUUUGUUUGAGGCAGUGGUGAAGUUGAGCUGUGAAAUUAUAGAGUUUGGCUGGACAAAGGAUAGGGCUCUGGUCGACACAUUCAUUAUGCGUUUAGCUGCCUAUGUUCGUGAGCGGAAUGAUUAUGAGGAGGAGGAUGGUAAAGGAAAAGAGGCAGUUCCGCUGAUGCGACUAAAUGUUGUGCGGCUUCUGGCUGAGUUGUGUGUAUGUUUGAAAAGAUGGGAAGUUGUAGACAUGAUUUUGCCCCUUUUCAUUGAACAUCUAGAAGAGGGUGAUGCAUCAGCUCCAAGUUUAUUGCGUCUACGAUUAUUAGAUGCAAUAUCGCGUGUGGCAUGCUUGGGUUUCGAAAAAUCAUACCGUGAGAGCAUUGUCUUAAUGACAAGAAGCUACCUGGAUAAAGUUAAAGCUGUAGGAUCUGCAGAUAACAACACAUUGCCAACGGAAGCAACAACUGAGCGGAGUGAGACUCUUCCUGCAGGGUUCUUACUUGUUGCGUCCAACCUCACGAGCACAAAACUCAGAUCUGAUUAUCGUCAUAGGCUGUUGUCUCUAUGCUCUGAUGUGGGGCUAGCUGCUGAAUCUAAAAGUGGGAGGAGUGGUGCUGAUUUGAUGGGCCCGUUACUUCCAGCGGUUGCUGAAAUAUGUUCUGAUUUUGAUACAGUGUCCUCUGUUGAGCCAUCGUUAUUGAAGUUGUUCCGCAACCUGUGGUUCUAUAUAGUCUUAUUUGGGCUAGCUCCUCCAAUACAAAACAACCAGACACCUUCAAAACCAGUUUCCACUCCAUUAAACACAGUGGAGGGCGUCAGCUCUGUAGCCCUUCAAGCUGUUGCUGGACCCUACAUGUGGAACAGCCAAUGGAGUGUAGCAGUGCAACGUAUUGCACAAGGAACUCCGCCUCUGGUUGUCAGUUCAGUGAAAUGGCUUGAAGAUGAGCUAGAGUUAAAUGCUCUGCAUAACCCAGGUAGUCGUCGUGGCAAUGGUGAUGAAAAGGCCGCUGUUGGACAGAGAACUGCACUUGCUGCUGCUUUGGGAGGUCGAGUUGAGGUAGCAGCAAUGAGCACAAUUUCAGGAGUUAAAGCUACAUAUCUUCUCGCAGUUGCUUUCCUGGAGAUACUGCGUUUUAGCUGUGACGGCGGCAUACUUUCAUCUACCUCUACAUUGAAUAAAUCAAACAGCGCGUUCAGUUGCGUUUUUGAAUAUCUGCUGACUCCAAACUUGACACCAGCUGUAACUCAGUGUUUGACGGCAGUUGUGCAUAGAGCUUUUGAAGCAAUGUUGUCAUGGCUGGAGGAUCGCAUAUCUGACAUAGGUGAAGGAGCUGAUGUAAGAGAAUCUGUUCUUUCUGGUCAUGCUUGCUUCCUUAUAAAGAGCAUGUCACAGAGGGAUGAACAUGUUCGUGAUGUGAGCGUUAAGUUGUUAACUCAACUAAAGGAAAAGUUUCCACAGAUCCUCUGGAACUCUUCAUGCUUGGAUUUACUUCUAAUAUCUGUUCAUAAUGAGUUGACUUCUGGUCCUGUUAGUGACCCUGCUUGGGUUGCUACUGUACGCUCACUAUAUCAGAAGAUUGCUAGGGAAUGGAUAACAAGUGCUCUUUCAUAUGCUCCAUGUACCACUCAAGGCCUUAUACAGGAAAAUUUUUGCAAGCCGAGUGGUGCACAAAGAACACAGCAUACAGCAGAUGUUGUCUCACUUUUAUCCGAGAUACGUAUUUGUACUGGAAAGAAUGAUUGGAGCGGCAUCAGGACUGCUAACGUUCCUGCAGUCAUGGAUUCUGCUGCCGCAGCAUCUGGAGCAAGAAAAGAAGCACCUGACAUCACCCUGGAAGUACUGUCAACUGCAGUAGUGAGUGCAACUGCGAAAUGUAACCAUGCAGGGGAGAUUGCCGGUAUGAGAAGGCUGUUUAGUACUAUGGGUGGCUUAAACAUGGGCACUUCUCCUGGUACACAGUCUGGACAGGCCCCUCAGUCAUUUGAUGAAGUUUUUCUGUCCAAAUUUGUUCGUCUUCUUCAGGACUUCGUUGUUACAGCAGAGAAACAACAAAUAGAUAAUUCCCAAUUUCGUGAAACUUGUUCUCAGGCUACAGCAUUACUUCUUGAUCAUAUGGUAUCCGAUACUAGAACAAAUUUGGAAGGUUUUUCUCAGCUUAUACGACUUCUAUGCUGGUGCCCUGCUUAUAUUUCUACCCCUGAUGCAAUGGAGACUGGAAUUUAUAUCUGGACAUGGCUAGUAUCUGCAGCACCUUCUUUAGGCCCUCUUGUGCUUGCAGAACUUGUUGAUGCAUGGUUGUGGACGAUAGAUACAAAACGUGGCUUGUUUGCAUCGGAUAUGAAGUACUGUGGCCCUGAUGCAAAAUUGAGGCCUCACCUCAUUCCUGGUGAGCCUGAGACACCACCAGAAAAGGACCCAGUUGAAGCAAUAAUUGCCCAUAGACUCUGGCUUGGCUUCUUUAUUGAUCGUUUUGAGGUUGUUCGGCACGAUAGCGUUGAGCAACUUCUGCUUCUAGGUCGAAUGUUGCAAGGGACGAUGAGGUCACCAACUCAUUUUUCUCACCAUCCAGCUGCUACUGGCACUUUCUUUACUGCGAUGCUCCUUGGGCUAAAGUUUUGCUCGUGCCAGUCUCAAUCUAACUUGCAGAGAUGUAAUAUGGGGCUUCAGUUGUUAGAAGACAGGGUAUACCGUGCUGCUCUGGGAUGGUUUGCUUAUGCACCCGAGUGGUACGAAUCUCAAAACAAAAGUUUUGCCCAGAGAGAGGCCCAAUCUGUUUCACUAUUUGUCCACAAUCUGCAAAAUACCAGUAGUCCUAGUGAUUCUGGUUCAAAGUCGCAGGGACGUGAAGGCGAACUUAACACGGCGGAUCAGAUCCACCCUGUGUGGGGUUCUGUGGACAACUAUGCGACUGCAAAGGAAAAGCGUAAGCAAUUACUUUUGAUGCUUUCUCAGAAUGAGGCAGACAGGCUUGAAGUCUGGGCAAACCCAAUAAAUACAAAAGACACAACAACAUUCCGUGGUAAAAUUAGCUCAGAUAAGUGGACUGAUCACUCCAGAACUGCUUUUGCUGUUGAUCCUCGAAUCGCGCUCUCUACGGCCAUGAGGUUUCCCACAAACGCAGUACUGCAAUCCGAAAUCACUCAGUUGGUUCAAACACACAUACUGGAGCUCCGCACAAUUCCUGAGGCAUUACCAUUUUUCAUCACUCCAAAGGCAGUAGACGAAAAUUCAGCAUUGUUACAACAACUUCCACACUGGGCUCCGUGCUCUGUUACACAGGCAUUGGAGUUUUUUACUUCUCCUUAUAAAGGACACCCCCGUGUUAUGGCUUAUGUCCUUCGUGUCAUGGAGACUUACCCACCUGAGACUGUCACCUUUUUUAUGCCACAGUUGGUACAGUCUCUCAGAUAUGAUGAUGGGAAAUUAGUUGAAGGAUACUUGCUUGGAGCUGCUCGAAGAAGUAAUAUAUUUGCUCACAUCUUAAUAUGGCAUCUGCAGGGAGAAUGUGAGGAAUCUGACAACGAAAAGGAAGCAGGUGCUCCAAAGUCUGUGCCCCAUGAACUUACAAGCUGGAGGGGCAGCGAGAUCAUCAAAACCAGUGCAUUCCAAUCCUUGCUUCCUGCUGUUCGGGAGAAAAUCGUUGACGGUUUCACUCCUGAUGCUCGGGACAUGUUUGAAAGGGAGUUUGAUUUUUUCGACAAGGUCACCUCGAUUUCUGGUGUUCUUUUCCCUCUUCCCAAGGAAGAGCGGAGAGCGGGUAUUAGAAGGGAGCUGGAGAAGAUUACUAUUCCCGGUGACGACCUUUACCUACCUACUGCAACAAACAAGUUAGUACGGGGCAUACAACUGGACAGUGGUAUUCCUCUCCAGUCUGCCGCAAAAGUUCCAAUUAUGAUUACCUUUAAUGUGAUUGAUCGUGAUGGGAAUCCUAAUGAUGUAAAGCCACAGGCUUGCAUUUUUAAGGUUGGUGAUGAUUGUAGACAGGAUGUGCUGGCUCUCCAAGUUAUUGCUCUACUAAGGGAUAUAUUUGAAGCUGUCGGAUUAAACCUGUAUCUCUUUCCCUAUGGUGUUUUGCCCACUGGCCCGGAGCGAGGCAUAAUUGAGGUGGUCCCAAAUACUCGGAGUAGAAAUCAAAUGGGUGAAACAACUGAUGGCGGUUUAUUAGAGAUAUUUCAGCAAGAUUAUGGCCCUGUAGGAUCGCCUUCUUUUGAAGCUGCUCGCGAAAUGUUUAUGAUUAGUAGUGCUGGAUAUGCUGUUGCUAGCUUACUUCUUCAACCAAAGGAUCGGCAUAAUGGCAAUCUUCUCUUUGAUAGCCACGGGAGACUAGUUCAUAUUGAUUUUGGAUUUAUUUUGGAGAUUUCACCUGGUGGGAACAUGGGUUUCGAGAGUGCACACUUCAAGCUAAGCCAUGAAAUGACUCAAUUGCUGGAUCCAUCUGGAACUAUGAAGAGUGACACCUGGAAUCAGUUUCUGAGAUUGUGUGUCAAAGGAUACCUAGCGGGAAGGAGACACAUGAAUGGCAUUAUAACUACAGUACAGUUGAUGGUGGACAGUGGGCUCCCUUGCUUUAGCAGGGGGGAGCCUAUCGCUAAUCUUCGGAAGCGGUUUCAUCCAGAGAUGAACGAGCGCGAGGCGGCAAAUUUUAUGGUACGGACGUGUGUUGAUGCCUACAACAAGUGGACAACUGCUGGGUAUGACUUGAUUCAAUACUUGCAGCAAGGUAUUGAGAAAUAGUUCAUUUCUUCUUUUGUAAAUGGUAUGAGCCGUGUACAUCAAUUGUAUGUAGCACUAAUUCUGUCAUGUAGAGUUAAAUUAUCGAGCAGUUCCAUUGUACCGAGAAAACUGGGGACGCAUGUUAAACACAGAGGCUUUUUUUUUCUCUUACUGAAAGACAGCCUAGCUAGUAACCUAAUUGAUCACCAGGGGUUUUUGUAACAGGGCAACAGAUUCGAUUUCUUUUCUUCUACUGACCACAUUUGGUUGUUGAUUUUAGCGCAUGUGAACAUGUUCUCCUCAUGAGAUUGUGCAAUGUUAAUUAGCAGGUUCGUUUUA